CAUUGCACUUCAUCAUAGCUAUCCACAGUACGACUUUGGCCGAGACAACAUAUGAAUUCGGCCAGGCAGCACACAUGAUGCUUCAAGUAUACCGCUUCUCUAUAACACCAUAUCACAGGUCAAAUGAUUCAUCCCUGCAACCACCGAAGUCUCACUCGUCGAUAAGAGCUGAAACUGUUCUACUCGAAACUCACACAUGAACUCGCCUGUACAUGCACAGUCGUUGUCGUCCCUCGGUGUCCUUCUCUCAAAUCCUCCCCAAUAUCCUCGCAACCCGACUCACCAAGCACAUGAACCUCUUAUACUCUACAUAGUUCGAGUUCCGGGCAGCAAAGAUGUCUUUCUCACACCUCUUAAACCGCCUACGAAGGCCUCCAUUAGCAUCGAAGCCGUACAGUCAAGCCUAUACUUUCUCCAUGUUGAUCGGGCCGAAGAUGAAGAGUUGAGAAAGUCGCUGGAGACUACAAAAUUGACCGACUCCCGUAGAGAAAAUGUCUCGCCCAUAGCAAGGAAACCUCUCCCAGACACGCCUUAUGCGAACUACCCGGCCUCGCGACGACCUCUCACUCCUCCAAAAAGCUACCCGCAUUAUCAGCUACCUUUGCCUGGAUCUCAAGAUGCAAGUCAAGCUGAUCGGUAUAUCGCCCGAGGUGCCAAUCUUAGACUGUCAGCCUCGGAGACUACACAACGCGGAGGCAUGCAGCGCAAGCCAGUAGGUGCUCGGCCCAUGCCUGCACUGCCCACUCUUGAUACAUCGUUUCGACUAGACGAGCCAUCGAAUGAAGGUCGUCGAGAGUCUGUUGAUAGUGUUAUAUCUCAAACAAGGGUCACCAGGAAGCCGGUCCAGUCAGCAUCCUCAGACCAGGCGGGUUCCUUGCGUUCAUUUAUGGAGGAUACGCACGGGUUCGGCCCAUCAAGCUCUCCUACAAAAUCCUCGGUGAAAGAGGCGAAGACUCUAGCUGACGACACGACACGGAUCACUCUGAUUCGACGAGAUCCUGCCUCUGGCAGUCAAUGGAAUGUAGGCAGUAUCGUUCAGCGGAAUGCAAUAUUACGGGACAAUCGCCUCGGACGGUUCGAAAUCGAGCUCAAUUCCCCGGGCUACACCAGGUUUGCCAAACUGGAAAACCCAACCGGGCAGUGUUUCAACAGGAAAGUAGACUAUGUUCUGCUUCCUAAUAACGAAAGUGGUGUUAAGGCGAGGCAUCGGAGCAAUUCGUCGGAGUUCUUUACCAAUUCCGCCCAUACCAACAACAAGAAGCCUCGCCACACUUACUCAUUCAACUCGCCAUGGCAGGGGACUUGUUCAUUCAACAACGGAUUGGACGGCAAAAGCCUUCGAUGCCGACAUGUUCUCCCGACGACGAAUUCGUCGAUGCCUUCAGUCCCCGUCGACGUCGCUGAGCUACGUUUCAAUUUAGCAUGGUCCAUCUUAGGAGCCAGGGAUACGAACAAAAAGACAAUUGAUACGACACAACUUCAUCUACAUCCAUCGGCAGGUAGACCUGCAGCCCCGACAAAUAAAGAACAGUGGAGGCGAAGUAUCCAGGUCCUCACACAUAAAGCUAAAACGCAAUUGUCCCAUGUAGACAGAAGUGGCGAGUUCCCAACUCUGGCCCAGGGGAAGAGAGAUUCGACUCUCGACGAAAGAUCACCUGAUGAUGGCCGGAUGAAUCUUGACUUGGGUCGUGAAAAAGCUGGCGGUGGAUUCAAAGGACAUAGCGCCAAACUGGGAAAACUGAUCAUCCAGGAUGAGGGUUUGAAGAUGUGUGACUUGGUGGUAGCAGCAUGCAUGGGGGUUUGGUGGCAACACUACGCAAAUGACUCGACAAGCUGAGAAUGUAGAUAUCUUAUGUACCUAGUGAUGAUGGUGUUCUGGUACUCCAGCUAUAAUACCCCCCGAUUUCGAA